AUGCAUGAACAGAAGACUAGGAAUUAUCGCCACACACCAGUGGCAUUUUUUGGCACCAACCAACCAACAUCAUCAGCCAUGUCCAACAUAUUCGAAUCACAGAAGAAGAAGCAGAUAAUUGCCAACUCCUUGGAAAACCAGGACUACUUGCUCAUAUCCUCUCUCAAUGUGUCUAAGGCCAGCAAUUUGACCAAUACCGAGAAACAAGCAAUCAACAUGUCAGGACCUUCAUCGGUAGCCCAAGCUAGACACAACUUACUUACAAAAUACUGCGGGAAUUGA